CUAACCUAGUUUAUUUCUUCAGGUGACCUGCUGGUGAUCGUCUUUGUGAGUUACUUGGGAUCAAAACUUCACAGGCCACGCAUGAUUGGGCUUGGAUGUGCAGCCAUGGGUUUGGGAUGUGUUUUGAUAGCAUUGCCUCAUUUUCUAAUGGGGAGGUACCAGUAUGAAAGCAGUGCUUCCUCUUCUGAUAAUGUUUCUUCAAGUAUGGCAGUUUGCCUUGCAAAUCAAAGUGACAUGUAUCAAUCUUCCCUUUUACCUUCAAAAGAAUGUGAGGAACAAGAAGGAUCUUUGAUGUGGGUCUCUGUGCUGAUAGGAAACAUCAUACGAGGAAUAGGCGAAGCUCCCAUCGCACCUUUAGGCAUCUCCUACGUAGAAGAUUUUGCAAGAGCAGAGAAUUCUCCAUUCUACAUAGGCUGUCUGCAAAUAGCAACUGUCUUGGGGCCUUUACUUGGUUUAAUGAUUGGCUCCUAUUGUGCGCAAUUGUACGUGGAUAUUGGAUUCAUCAACCUGGAGGAGGUGAUGAUAAACCUCACGGAUGCCCGUUGGGUCGGUGCUUGGUGGCUGGGAACUCUAGUAUGUGCCUUUGCAAAUUUCCUUGUUGCAAUCGCUUUAUGCUUCUUGCCCAAGACUCUGAUAAAAGAAGGGGAAGAAGACAACACUGAUGUGACAGCCAAGAGAAACAAAUCCCUCCUACAAGCAGAAAACAAGAGCCAGGCAAAAAUAAAACUACGUGAACUUUACAAGGAUUUUGUUCCUUACCUGAAGAGUCUAUUUCACAACCGGGUUUACAUGCUUUUCCAUUGUAUUACCAUAUUUCAAUUCAGCGCUUGGAUUGGGAUGAUUACUUUUAUGCCCAAAUACUUGGAACAGCAGUAUGGAAUCUCGGCAUCGGAUGCCAUUUUCUACAUAGGUGUAUACAAUUUACCAAUCAUAUGUGCUGGAUACUUUUUUGGAGGCCUGAUGAUGAAGAAGUUCAAGAUCAACAUAUAUCAAGCGGCCCACGUAGGGUUUUGGAGUUCCUUGAUCGAAUAUCUCAUCUAUUUCUCUGCUUUUGCGAUGUUCUGCAAGAACAGUUCUGUGGCUGGUUUAAGCGUCUCUUAUAAAGGGAUAGAAGAGGUGUCCUACACAGAUGCAUACUUGUAUGCUGACUGUAACCGCCACUGCAAUUGCUCUACAAAGACUUGGGACCCUGUUUGUGGGGAGAACGGAAUGACUUAUGUUUCAUCAUGCCUUGCUGGGUGUGGCGUGUCCAACGGAACCGGGAAGAACACGGUACUUACAAACUGUUCCUGCAUUUCAGCACCAGGGUUUCUAUGGGGAAAUGGUUCGGCACUGCCAGGACAGUGCAAAAGAGAGAAGACCUGUGACACAAUGCUGCAUUAUUUCUUAAUUUUAUCCUUAAUCUGCUGUUUGAUUUAUUCGUUUGGAGCCAUGCCAGGUUACAUGGUUCUUAUAAGAUCCCUAAAACCUGAGGAGAAGUCAUUUGGUGUUGGUCUCCAUUCCCUGACAGAAAGACUUUUCGCUGGAAUCCCAUCACCAAUUUAUUUUGGAGCUAUGAUUGACAGCACAUGUUUGAAAUGGGGAACAAAGCCAUGUGGUGGAAUAGGGGCAUGUCGGAUGUAUGACACUGACACAUACAG